GAAAGCUGCUGCAAUUACACUAGCUGCCCCUCCCUCUACGCCUUCCCACCCCACACGACCGAACGGAACUCGAAAAGGCGACGCCCAAUCGCACCACUCCGAUUCCCGAUCCAAAUCCGCCGCGCUCAGUGUGAGCCCCUCCAAUCAAGCUCUGCUUCAUUCCCCACGGGCGCGCGCGAUUCCUCUCGCCCAGAUCCGAUCCAGUUCACAGUGUCGCCGCCGUCACCGAUGGGAGCAGAACCGGACUUCUCGCCGCCGCCGCCGCUGCCGGAGCUGGAGCCAACGCACUCGCCGGAGCCGGAGAUCCCCGGCCACGACAGCCGAAACUGGAAGGCAGACAUGAUGUCGGCUCUGGGGGAGUCGGUCUCCUUCGGCCGCUUCCUCACCGAGCCGCUCGAGUGGGGGAAGUGGUCCGCCUUCGCGCACAACCGCUACCUCGAGGAGGCCGCCGUGCAGGCGCGCCCGGGUUCCGUCGCGCAGAAGAAGGCCUUCUUCGAGGAGCACUACGCCAGGAAGAAGAAGCGCAAGAGCGAGGACCACGGCGCCGCCGCCUCCGCCGAUGAUGACGGCGGCCUCGAGGCGGCCGAGGAGGAGGAUGGUGGUUCCGCCGCCUUGUGGCCGUCUUCUUUGUCGGCGGAGUCCUCCUGCAUGACGGACCAGGCACCGGCGCCGGGGGAUGAGGAGACGUGCGGCGGUGAGGAGACCGGCGUGGUGAACUGCUGUAGUCCCCGUGCCAGUGAUGAGCCGGUGGGAGUGGCCGAGGAGCUCGCGGCUGUCACAGAUGCGGUUAGUCCUUCUUGCAGGAUGGAUGCACCCGUGGAUGAGUUGUGCCACGGGGAGGGCGGCAAUGAGCAAGUUGCUGGAGCUGUUUUGGAAUUGCUGGAGAAGAAAGAUCUGUGCUCUAGUAAUUUGGUGUCUGUUGAUGCCGGAGACAAGCAACCGCUGAAGGAGAGCUCUAUUAUUAAUCAGGAUAUCACAGAUUCAGCCAAGAAAAGGAGGCUCCAGAUGUCAUCCCUGCUUCAGAAGCCAACCAAAUUCAGAUCUCCCCCUUCAGGAAAGAAAGGGCAGUCUUCAUCAGUGAAAAGAAGGUCGCCUCUGCAUUCUGCCAAGGAGAACACCUCCCCUCCUGGUACGGACAAUAACAUGCAAGUAGCCACUUCAGUCCCCAAAAAGAGGUCCACACUAGUGGCAUUGCAAAUGCCUAAGAGUUUCAUGAGAUGUGAAAUGGGAAAUGCUGCCUCAGGCUCAAGCAAUCUUGGUAUUACAAUUGCUGAAAGGAUUAGCCAGUUGGAGUCUGCAAGUAGGACUGUGGCAACCACUCAGCUUGAGCAAUUCGGGCCACCAAGAAAAACAUUUUCCCCAAUUUUGCCAGAAAUAGCUCUAGGGGCAUCUCAAGUGGAUGGACAAAGGUCCUCCCAUGUAAUGAGAAUCAAAGAAAAGCUAUUUGGUUCAGCAUCACCACCAGUGCAUCAGAAAACUGGUAUAACUAGAGAAAAAGAGAGGAAAUUCAAGAAUGAAACAGAAUUUAAAGAAUCACGCCAGAGUUGUUGCUUCAGAGCCAGGCCACUGCCAAACUUCUAUCGAAGAAAUAAACAAGGGAAAGAUACUAGUCAGCAGACUGCCCAAGAGUUUCCAAAGUUUCGGGACAGCAACUAUUCACAGACUGAUGAUAGUCAUGCCCAUCAAAUGAGCAAAGGUGUACCCAAGGAGAGGCAAAUAUGUUGUUUCCCCAUCAGAAAACUGUAUUAGAUCCGUACUGCUAUUCUUACCUUGCCUAUUAGAUUUCAAGUAAAUAAUAACUUAUUCUAUUCAUUCGUAUUGGUUCUACUGUAUUACCUAUUUAGGUCAGCUAAUCUGUAGUGGGUUAUCUUACGUACCAUCUUGGAGGAUGUUAUUCUCAAUCCAUCUAAUACUCGAGCUCGAGUUUGUGAUUGUAACCUGGAUUGUCAUUUUCUAGCUUGGAAAAUAAAUCAAAGCAAAUUUGUUGUUGAGUAGCCCUAA